AUGGAAGAAAAAAAAGAAACAUAAGACCUUGCAUAAUUGAAAAAAGAAAUGUUAGGAGUUGCAAUAAUAAAAGUAAAUAUAUUAAUAGAGGUAAGGAUACAGAUAUGAGUCCAGAUAUGUUAUCUGAAGUACAAGACUCAAUAGUUUCAGGAAUUGAAAAUAAUUCUUCUCCUGUAUUAUCAAUAGAGGUAUAUUUUAAAAUAUAUAUUCAUCUAAGAAUGCCUGCAAAACUAUAAAAGAAGCUCUUGAAAAAAAAUACGGUCCCACAUGGCAAGUCAUAGUUGGUAAGUUUCAAAAAUAAUUGAACAGGUGAAGGAUAUGCUUAUGAUGUUACUGUUUAGAACAAUACUAGAUUAUUUAUGUUUUACAAUGGAUGUUUAGCCUGCUUAGUGUUCAAAUCAUGA